AUGGAAGGCCUUGAAUAUACAGAUGGAGGCCAAGGAUGCCAUUUCUGCACACACGACCGAAUUGGUAGGCAAAUGAGCGAACUCAACAAAUGCGUCUACACAAAACUCGAGAAUGGAGACUUCAUCGAGUGUCGAAACUGUGCCGACUACCGCUCGGAGUAUCCCCAACGCUCCCAUCCCAAGUGCGGGCCUCCUGGACCGGGGUCUGUAGACGAAGGCAAGGUCUGGCGUCUUGAUGCCUUGCCUGCAAACCUAAUCCUCCCUGAAACUUGGUCUAUCGCCACCUCCUCACACGGCUCUAGAGACAUUGAGUGCGGGGGAACCAUGACCACAGGCCGUCGAGAGUGCAAGAGAUGUGCGGUCGACGGGCAUCGCUGCAUAGCCGAUGCUCGCUGCUACCGCUAUGCGUGCAAUCGCUGUGCUCAGCUCGGCCUUGACUGUUUCGACAGCUUUAACGGCGUUUAUUAUGGCCUCUUUGACCUUGCCAGAGUUGGCUUCGGCAAAUACAUGGCCUUUCCAAAAUGCUCCUGCUGUAGACGGAAUGGCAGAAACUGCGACUUACAGCGCCCGUGCGAUUCGUGCCGCAAACAUAAAGACAAGUGCGAUAGAUGGGGGGGCACGACGGCCAAGACUUGCAUAAAUGGUCGAAUCAAGAACAUCGGGCCUCUCUAUUACCUCGCGUUGGGGUACGGCGCCGGAGGUGUCGACGAUAUCAAAGACGGAUCUGCCAUCGACCACUGGGUCGGCCCAGCGACAAACAUAUAUACCGUGUCUCCUGGAGAAAGAAUGAUGACCUCCACAUUACAAGGACUCUUGAUGAGAAAGGGAGCGCAUCCAAGUGGGAUACCUCCUCACGGAGUUAGUGACAAGGGCGGUGUCAUAUUUGGACCAAUGAGCCAUGUAACCAAGAAGGAUAUCGUCAUGUGGAUCGAAGCGUCUUGGCCAGAUGCUUAUCCAAUGAACCAGCAUGCGGAAUAUGCAGCAUUUCUUAAAACCGUACAGCUGUUUGUGGGUAUUCCCGUUGACCCAGAGAGGAGUGCUGGCCUUGAUCCUGUGGGUUCUGCCCGUGGUCCUCUUGCUAGUAUCAGAAACUCUCUGUCGCCUCAAGCUCAAACGCCGGUUCUUCUCUCCGCGGCUCAUGAUGUCGUGGCUCCAAACCCAAUGCCCAUGGAUCUUGACGACAACUUUCCCGCCAACGCCGUGAAUCCUGCUCCUGGUGUCGUAAGCCAGGAAUUAGGAGCGCCCCCAGCCGAAAAGCCCGGGAGGUUCGAUCAGCAGUCUGGCCGUGACGCCGCAGAUCUUCCUCCCCAGAACGAGAGAGCGAGCGUUAGAGAACUCAAUCCUAACACCGCCGUCAAUAUGGGCCCCAAUUCAAAUUCAAAUUCAAAUUCAAAUCUCAUUUCCAAUUCCAGCCCUAACAUGGCAGGCGCCAGGCUCAGCCCUGAUGUCAUGAGACAGACAGAUUUCGGUCCCAACUUCCCCACGGAAGAUGCUGGGUUCGACCCUGAUGAUGAAGUCGGUAGAGCUUCCUGUAUACAUGCAGAUUGCAACAUGAACUCGGCAUUUGCCAGGACCGACGCGUCUCACAUUCCCAAUAGUGAUCCCGAUACAAUACUCCCCUCCAUCGAGUCAGAUUGGGAGCUCAUCACAGGUCAGGAUAUUAUAAAUGAGCAUGGUUUAAACGACAGUGUAAAUCCCAGAUUAUCCAACGCCCUAAAUCGGCUCCGCAUGUUCUUGCUUGGUUACCAAACUCCUAAACUACCUGAGCAGAUCUACGAAAACGUUGUGCAUGCUGGUGAUUCAGCGCCGACACGCGAAAAUGACUUUUACGAGCUGUUCGGCAUCCUCCCCCUCCCCGUCUUUGAUAACGUCCUGGGCGGCAUACCGUCAGAAGUGAAGUCUUACGAGGAGGGCCCUAAUGGAUUAUGCUGCGAGACAGUAGGAGGAGAGUUCUGCCUUGAGCUCACGGGAGGCUCAGUCUGCCAAUCUCCCUCUCACGGGGCAUGGGCCGCCUUUCAUGUCUGCAGCAGCUGUAACCAGUGGAGCGUCCACGAGCUGAUGCGUGACGACAACCUCGCCUUGACCGUGGACACAAUGGAGAACAUGCGAGCAUACCUGUGCGACGACUGCGCUGCAGAGGUCGGCCGCGACGUGCACAAAGUGCUGAAACACAGAAUCACCGGCAACCUCAACGUCUGGGGCUGGUGCAAACGGUUUCCCGAUCCCAGCAAUAUCCCUCCUUGGGCUUCUACCAUCGGCGGCGGCAUCACCUACAAGGGCGAUGCCUACCUUAGCACCGGAUGCCCAUGCGCAACAAAGCUCACAGUCCAACGCCUCUGCCGCUAUCACCGUUUCGAAUAUGCCGACAAGCUCAUGAGCCAAGUCCAAAAGAUGCACGAGUGGCAACAGCAGACAUACGGCCGCAAAGUCUGUUUUGGAUGCCUCGAGGCAGACCAGCCUGUCAAGAAUGCAUCCGAAUCCACGGCUUGGCAAUGCCUUGUUUGCGGUGGCUUGACUGUAAAUCAGCCAGGGAUGUGGUAUAUGGGCGGCCCCGAUCAACUCAUAGACCCAGCACUUCAGCCAAGCACUAGCUCCACGCGUACAAGCCAGGUUGAAGAGCAGCAGGUGAAAGAGGAGGAGCUGGAGGAGGAUGACAAAUUACAGACAAUACCUGAGUAUCAGCAGCAGGAGGAGGAGGGGAGGGAUGCUGAACGGGUGAAAGGGGAGGAGCGGGAGGUGGAUAACAAAUUACAGGCAAUACCUGAGUAUCAGCAGCAGCAAAAGGAGAGGAGGGAUGCCAAAGUACAGACAAUGCCUGAGCAUCAACCGACGCUAUCACCAAGGGAAGAUUCAUACAGCAGAGGCUCAAGUCAAGGGCAAUUCGCAAGAGACCUAAGUAUCCUGCUGCGCGAGAGAGAGUCAAAGGCAAGGCAAUAUGAGGGAGAAGAAAGUGUGGGACUUUACAAUCUCGAGCCAAGUGCUGGGCCGUACGCAAACCAAGACGAAGUAUUUCGCUCAGCGCUGUCUUUAGAGGACAGAAGACGACACGCAGAACAAGUCAGGUCAUUGUCCAGACAACAAGCCAGGCAACAGACUGCGAUAAAUGACGGAGGCCAAGGUGAAGGACAAGAUGCGCAACAGGAUGAGGAGCAGGUUGGAGAACAGGUCGAGGAGCAGGUUAAAGAAGAUGAGGGCAGAGACCAGGACGGAGACCAGGACGGAGACCAAGACGAAUGGAAAGAAGCAUCCUGGCAUGAAAUUUGGGAUAUUAUCGAACACGGCAUUUAG